UUCUUUCUCUAGUACCCAUGGCAGAUUUGGUUGCGCGCUGUCAAGUCUCAUACCUGUAACCAGAAAACGGCGCGCAAUCUACACAUCUUUUUUUCCGUCUUAACAAUAGAAUGUCUCAAACUGAAAAUUCGGAGCUGGAGUUGCUGCGCGGUGGCUUAUAGGGUCAGUUCGAGUCCCAACAUAUUUGAUUCGUCAAGCCCCCACCGUUGGCCGUGCUAGGUCGGUUUUCCUGAUGGAGAGAAUGUAAACUAUCUGCACUGAAAACUCAGCGUAUUCCCUCAGACACCCAGAUUCGCCCGCUCCUUCUCCUCGAUGAAACCAACGAUCAACGACAGCCGACCUUCGCACUCCUCUCAAAUUUGACAACAUGCCUGUUCCACAGCUCCUCCUCCUCCAACUUUGUUCUUGCCAUUCUCACCGCCCUCCUGACUGAUGUCGAUCAUUGGGAGUGCCUUUCAGACGACACGGACGCACGGCUUCUUGGAUCUUUGUCUGGUGGGGGAUGAAUCAUGACGGAAAUGGACGAUGAAUGGGUCGAGGUCCCCGCCAUCCACGGCCUGAUAGCGCGGACCAGAUUUGAAGAAAGGCUAAGAGGGACAAAUAGAGAUACUCUUCGCCAGAUGAUUCCAACCACCACGACCUCGUCGACAACAUCGCCACCUUCACUACUCCUGCAGUCGUUUGCAGCUGCUCCCGCGAUUUUCCAAGCAGGUGAAUGUUUUCUCGAGCCGACAUCUAAUGGCACUCCACUCGGCGUUUUCGAAACUUGAUCGCUCCUUACAAGCUCAAAGGACCCCGUUAUCCUGCCCGACACACUGCUGUCGAGCCACAGUUUCAAGGACACCAGUACCCACGAUCAGCGGCCUAACUGCACGAACUUCGUCCUCCCGCUACUCCUUCAACAACGACUUGUAUCUUCAAACUACCCUGUACGGCUUACGGCAUACCAGAACUGCACGACCGCUGGUGUCUCUCUCUCUUAAUGGUGUAUUUCGGUAGCUUGAGUAUGAACAUCGAGUUGGGAGCUGUACGUUGGGCGAGAGUCAUUCCCCGACGAUCCCCCAAGCGUUCGGUUUUCAUACCCGUCAUGGAAUGCGAGCGGCAGUUUAAUUCUACUACACUACUCGAAGUCAACGCCGCUCAAGCACGUAGACCACAGGUCCCACCAUAACUUCGAAAAAAUACUUGGACGUUACCUUUACCUCCGUGAAAUACCGCCACGAAUCUCAAUUCGGAGGUCAGAUUACGUAGUACAUUCGUGUCCACUGGGAAAAAAAUUCACCCCUCCAGCCCGCUUCCUUCCUUCCCUCAGAACCUUUCGACAGCCUAGACCAUCUCCAUGACGCUCAUGAACAUCACCCUCUUUACCGUGGCAUGGCUUUCCCACCUCCCUCCAGAUUUUGAACCUACCAGCUCAAAUGCAUAGGCAUACUCAUCGUCAUCUUUCCCUUCGCCCUCACCGCAUACCAUGGUGUCGUAAAUCCGCAAAAGUCGACGUUUAUACCCAGAUCGAUAAUGCGCUCUCGCAAGGGACAUGUUGAACGCUCGAAGGACCGGAAGACUAAUGGGUGGAGAUGAUUGUGUUGACUCUGUGUGCGUUGAGCCGGUAUUGGGUGGCCAACGCGGUUUUGGGGGUGUGUGGAGAGGGAGGCCGUAGGCGAGCCGAUGUUGACUAGGAAGGGUGGGAGUGAGUGGGUUAUAUGUUGAAUUCCAGGAGGCUGAGCCGUCGCGGGUCAUGUAUUUGGGUUGUGUCGCGAUCGAGGGAGGAUCGAGCGGCUGGGGAGUGACACUUUCUCUGGUCAUCUGGGGGAGUGGAGAAACUGGGCGGCCAAAGGAACUAGUGGUCCAGUUGCAUCGGGGAAGCACGUUCGAGGAUUUAAUGAAAUUUGCGGUUGAGGAGAAUGGUUAGAAAUGUCUAUGGGAAUCUUAUUACGAAUAAUAAUCGUCGAUGUGCACUUG